AUGGGGGCGGCGCUCCUGCUAUAUAUCACCGCUCAGCUGCUCCUCGAGUCCGCUCUGCUCUGCUCUGCUGCAUGCCGCCCCUUGCCCUCCGAUGCCGAGGACACCGACGAUCCAGACGCCGGCGACGGCGGCGCCGCCGCGGUUUCCUUCAAGAAGAGCCGCAACGAACUGAAGCGGGAGGCCCGCCGCGCCGUGAAGUGGGGAAUGAACCUCGCCAACUUCUCCCCGCCUCAGAUCAAGCGCAUCCUCAGUGCCGCGUCGCUGGAACGCGAGGUGUUCGAUGCGCUCAUGCUCGUCAAGGUUCGUACAUCCGUUCGUUUCCUCGACGAGAUUGUGGUGGAUCACCGGAUUGGUGACAGACAUUCACGUGUAAUUCUUGCUUCUCAGAAAUUUGGGCCGGAUGUGCGGGAAGGAAAGAGGAGACAGUUCAAUUACAUCGGAAGACUUCUGCGCAAUGCACAACCAGAAUUGAUGGAUACUCUAAUACAGGCUUCCAAGGAUGGAGAUGAGAGCAAGUUACAUACCUUACUUAGUGAAGGUACAUUGUUGGUGGAAGAGGAGGAAGUGGAGGACCUACCUGAUGAAGAAGAGGACAAUCAAGAGUAUAUGAAAAUUGCAGAUAGAUGGUUUGAAGGCCUCCUUCGCAAAGACAUUUCAGUUACUAAUGAAGUUUACUCUGUCCAUAGUGUUGAAUUUGAUCGUCAGGAACUGCGAAAGCUUGUGAAGAGAGCUCACAUGGUCCAAGAAAGCACACACAAUAAAGAUGGGGAAGAUUCUAAUGUGAAGCUUUCUGGAGCAAAGAAACCACUUAUGAGGUUCCUUCGUUCCCUAGCAAAUGAGGCUUAUGCUGCAUAG